AUGAAGCUGUUAUUCCUCUGUGUAUUUUUCGCAACAAUUGUACCAGUCAUUCACUCGCAGGACGAUGAGACAACUGUUGCUAAUAGCGAUUUCCACAACGCUGCUGAUAGUACCGGUACAAAUAUCAAUAGUAACAGUGGCAACGUUGUCGAUAAAAACGUUACUGGAGAAACUGAAGAUGAAUGUGUGGAUCAGGCGCCGAAUUGUAAGAAAUACGCUGCGAUGGGUCUGUGCUAUCAUUCGAGUGUUCGCAGACAAAUGUACGCCAAGUGCAAGGCUACAUGCGGAAUCGGUAGCCGGUGCUGUGUGGAUCGAUCCCAGAAUUGCACCAGUUUAACGCCAAAACACUGCUCAAGCGGUAACGCAAUGCAGGCAUUUGCCCAGGAGAACUGCGUGAAGACGUGCACAAAAUGCGACUGUCAGGAUCAUGCCCGAGACUGCCAGCAAUGGAAGGAGUAUUGUCAUGAUGCGAAGUUUGAAACACUAUUUCGAUCACGCUGCCCGGCGACCUGUGGUUUUUGCUAA